AUGGCUCUGCCCGUCACUGUGGGGAUUUUGGCGCUCCAGCAAGCACGGCGCGGGCGCCGCCAGCUGAAUGCUGAUCGGGCCCUCUAUACAUAUGAGGAUGGCUCCGAUGAUCUGAAGCUGGCAGCCUCAGGAGGCGGGGGUUUGCUGGAGCUGUCCGGCCACUUUGAGAUCCAGAAGGUGAUGUACGGCUUCUGCAGUGUCAAGGACCCCCAGGCUGUGCUCCCCAAAUAUGUCCUCGUCAACUGGGUGGGCGAGGAUGUGCCAGACGCCCGCAAGUGUGCCUGUGCCAGCCACGUGGCCAAGAUCGCCGAGUUCUUCCAGGGUGUGGAUGUCAUUGUCAACGCCAGCAGCGUGGAGGACAUCGACCCAGGGGCCAUCGGGCAGCGGCUCUCCAAUGGGCUGGCCCGCGUCUCCAGCCCAGUGCUGCACCGCCUGCGGCUGCGGGAGGACGAGAACGCCGAGCCCGUGGGCACCACUUAUCAGAAAACUGAUGCCACCGUGGAGAUGAAGCGCCUCAACCGGGAGCAGUUCUGGGAACAGGCCAAGAAAGAGGAGGAAUUACGUAAGGAGGAGGAGCGGAAAAAGGCCCUGGACGCCCGGCUGCGGUUUGAGCAGGAGCGAAUGGAGCAGGAGCGGCUGGAGCAGGAGGAGCGGGAGCGGCGCUACCGGGAGCGGGAGGAGCAGAUCGAGGAGCACAGGCGGAAGCAGCAGAGCAUGGAGGCGGAGGAGGCCCGGCAGCGCCUGAAGGAGCAAUCCAUCUUUGGGGAGCAGCAAGAGGAGGAUGACAGGCAGCAGCUCAGGAAAUCAGAGUCAGAGGUAGAGGUGAGUCGUCUGCACUGUCCUUUCAUAAAGACAGCUGACAGUGGGCCACCUUCUUCCUCCUCCUCCUCCUCCUCCCCCCCACGGACCCCCUUCCCCUAUAUCACCUGCCACCGCACCCCAAAUCUCUCCUCUUUUUUCCCAUACUCCCCCAGCCCCAGCACCCAGGACACCGGGCCAGCCGCCCCUGAGCAGCACUGGCCAUUCCCAGGGCCUGAGGACAAGGCCACCAAGCCCCCUGGGGAUGAGCCCAGCCCCAGGCCGGCAUGGACAGCGGGGGGUGACGCCCUGGGGGACCUGGUGACCUUGGAGCCCACCGAGCCCUCCCCACCAUCCAUGGCCACCGAGCCCCAGCCUGGGGAGACCCCCAACACGGAGACCCUCAUCGACCUGUGGCAGAGUGAUGGGGCGACCCCCUCCGCUGCCUGGCCCCUGCCUGUUGCCCCCGUCCCCGAGGGUCCCGUGGCCGUGCUGCCUGACGAGGGGGCCCUGCUGAGCCUGGAUGAGCUGCCCGAGCCCCCCGCCACCUUCUGCGAUGCGGAGCAGGAGGAGGAGGAGGCAGCGGCACCUGGUGGGGGGGAAACCCACCCCCAGGGGCUCGGCUGCCAGCAUGCCCCCCAGGAGGAUGCCCCAGGCCGAGAGACCCCCCCCAUCACCAACGGGGAGAUGGCCCCCAAGGAUGGGACGCCAGGGCGUGGGGAGCAGGCCAGCGAGGGCUACUUCAGCCAGUCCCAGGAGGAGGAGGUGCCCCCCCCUGAGGAGCUGUCAGCCAAAGCCCCCCAGCCCAUCUUCUACAACAAGCCCCCAGAGAUUGACAUCACAUGCUGGGAUGCAGACCCCCUGCCCGAGGAACAGCAGGGUGCCCAGGGAGGAGGAGGGACGCGUGGAGCUGGUGGCCAGCUGCCUGUGGCACGUGGCACUCAUGGGAGCACGUGCACCACUGCCAUUGCUGGCCUCGCUGCCACCAGGGAAGGAGGGGAGCAGCAGCCGGUGGGCGGCAGCAACACAAUCCCAAGCGGCAGAUUCAAAAGCGUCCAGGUCUGUCUUGGGGAUGAGGGGCUUGCCCAUGGCCAAAGGCGCCUUGGCCCGAGCCGCAUGCUGCCCCCAGCCCUGGAGCCAUCCUCACAGUUUUCAAAUACAGACGUGUAA